AUGAGAGGGGGGUUACUCUCGAAAGUUGGGAAGCAAGUUUUGAUUAAGGCAGUCUUCCAAGCUACGCCUACUUACUCAAUGAGUGUCUUCAGGCUCCUCAUUGAGAUCUACAAUGAGGUUGAAAGUAUUAUUGCUCAGUUUUGGUGGUCUAAGGGUGCUAAGCAAGGGAUUCAUUGGAAAAACUGGAAAGCACUAUGCCAACAUAAGUCGAAAGGAGGGUUGGGUUUCCGGGAGUUAAUCAGUUUUAACAAAGCUCUAUUAGCAAAACAAGGUUGGUGUAUGCUCCAAUCUACUAAUUACCUUAUAGCUCGGAUGUUGAAAGCUACAUAUUUCCCUACAACUGAUUUCUUGAGUGCAUAG